GAGACUAGACUCAGUCACACAGUCACAGUCUAAAGUUAGCUGUCUGUUUCUGUUUGUCUUUCCGUAGAUAUUUAGUUUCAUACAUUUGCUGUUCAUAUUCGCUUUUUGUGUGUGAAGUGAACAACCAAGUAGUAGCACUACAGGGCUUCGCGGGAAGGAAUGCACCUAAACAACAACACCUGCGUCGAUAAACGGAAGAGAAAGACUUCACCGUCGCGUCAGCAUGGACGGCAUAAGUGUUGCCCGACUUUCGACAAACCGCAGGCCGUCUGUUGGGGCUGUUUUGCCGGCUGAAAAUACUCCUGCAGGGAAAGUUUCCACCCAGGUCCAAGUGAAAAAGCAAGCCGUGAAGAGACACCACCACAAACACAACCUGAAGCACAGGUACGAGUUCCUGGAGACCCUGGGGAAAGGAACCUAUGGCAAGGUGAAGAAAGCGAAGGAAAGGUCCGGCAGGCUGGUGGCCAUCAAGUCGAUCAGAAAGGAGAAAAUCAAGGACGAGCAAGACCUGGUUCACAUCCGCAGAGAAAUUGAGAUAAUGUCCACUCUCUGCCACCCGCACAUCAUCACCAUAUAUGAAGUAUUUGAAAACAAGGACAAAAUAGUUAUUGUGAUGGAGUACGCCAGCCGAGGGGAUCUGUACGACUACAUCUGUGACAAGAGGAGCAUCUCUGAACGGGAGGCCAGGCACUUCUUCAGACAGAUUGUAUCAGCUGUGCAUUAUUGUCAUCAGAAUGGAAUAGUGCAUCGUGACCUGAAACUGGAGAAUAUUUUACUAGAUGGCAACGGCAAUGUGAAGAUUGCAGACUUUGGCCUGUCGAACCUUUACCGCGGCGACGAGUACCUCCAAACGUUUUGCGGCAGCCCUCUGUAUGCUUCCCCAGAGAUUGUCAAUGGACGUCCUUACCGUGGGCCAGAGGUGGACACUUGGUCUCUUGGUGUGCUGUUAUACACUAUGGUUCAUGGCACAAUGCCGUUUGAUGGACACAACCACAAGGCUUUGGUCCAACAGAUCAGCACCGGCAACUACCGCAAACCCAACAACCCAUCUGAUGCAUGUGGGCUCAUUCGUUGGAUGUUGAUGGUAAAUCCUGAGCGCAGGGCCACAAUAGAGGAGAUUGCAGGACACUGGUGGCUCAACUGGGGCUACCAGCAGCCGUUACUGUCCGAGACAAAGAGCAGUCCAGUGGAGCAGGCCCCUUCACCAGCCUCUCCAUCACCAUCACACCCUGCUGGGCUGGCUAGUGUUGCUAGCUGGCUGCGCCGUACAUCCAGGCCUUUACUGGACAACGGCUCAAAGAUGCGUUGUCUGCUCCGCUCACAGGGUGGGGGAGGGGAUGUGGUGCGGCAGCGCUCUCUACGAAGGUCACGUAAAGAAAACAAUGUCUCCCAGACUGUUUAUGAGUCAAGCAACGAUAGUCGUCCCUCUAAGGGUAUUUUAAAGAGACGCAACAGUGUAAAGCAGAAGGCAGUGAGUGAAAGCCCUGCUGUGGAGCCGCAAAACAUCCUGGGUUUGUCUGCACCAGCCAACGCUCCAUCAGCUGCACUGCAGCCCCGAAAAGGUAUCCUGAAGAAGUCCACGGAACAAGAGUCAGGGUACUACUCAUCAUCUCCUGAGAACAGUGACUCUGGCUGGGCACCUCGACCUAAAGAGUGCCCUUCAGCCCCGCCCUACAGGAAAGGCAUCUUAAAGCGGAAUGGAAAGUUCUCCUCAGGUUGCCUGCAGGAGUUUGGCUCUCUGGACCAGCUGGCACUGUCUUUACCACAUGGAGGAACCAGGUCUAGGCCGAGCGGGGCAGUCAGCGAGGACAGCAUUCUGUCUUCUGAGUCUUUUGAUCAGCUUGAUCUUCCUGAUCGUGUCGAACCUCCGACUCAAAUGGAUGAACCGGUCAAGACUAACAUGAGAGGAUGCGUGUCUGCUGACAAUCUGCUGGACAUCUGUGAAGAUGGGAUUCUUCGGGAGGGGUUGCUGAGAACCUGGAAGUGUUAUGAGUCUGGAGUGGCUGACAGCACCUUCUCCAUCACAGACUGUGAUAAUGUCACUGAGGCCUACAAACAGGCCAUGGUCAUACGAGGCUCUGCAGCAAGUUGAAGAUCUGCCAGAAGUCAUGCUCUCUGAUUAAAGACUGAUUUUUUCAUUCUGAUUCAAAUGCAUAUGAACUACUAAUGAAGUGGUAGCCAAAGUGCAUUAUGUGAAAUUACCAGCAGACUGUUGCUUGAAUUAUCUUGUAAUUAUACUUCUAGGAAAACAGGCUUAAGUAACCAGAAUGCACAUUUUGUUUUAUGAAAAUGAUGACUGAUAGUUCAUUUCAAAGAUUCUCAGAAGAGAGCUGCUUUUUGUGAACUAGGAGCCUUUUCUCAACGCUCAGUUUCAAAAGUGUAGCAAAUGCAAAAAGUGAUCCUGAAACCAAAAAUAUAAACUAAGGAGGUUAUUCAACACUCACAGUCUGACGUUUUUUCAGGUGUUGCAUAUGCAACAAAGUCAGGGUUUUUCAAUGUCAAUAAGACAGUUUGAGGAAGUGUUUAUGACUUAAGAGCUAUAGGAACCUUGCUUUGUUAUGUUCGUUCAUUUGUCAGUCUUAUAUUUGUCUCGGGUUACAGCAAUAACGCACUAAGCACAGAUUAAAUGUUGAGAUGUGUUCAAACUUCUAAUAAGGAUUUGGAAAUAUGACAUUUCAUGGAUACCAAAGAGCAAAUGUGCUUAUGUUAGACUUGGUUUUUUUUUUAUUAAUAGCUAACAAAAGUGCUGAUAUGAAUGUUGUUUAAACUGGGACUUAAGCUCUCAACAAGUUUGUUUAUAUAAUUGUUGUGUUUCUUUUUUCUUGAGAUGACUUGUGCCAAUUUUUGAUAAUGACUUGAAUAAUAAUCCUGGCACACAUGACUCACAUCCAGCGAAACCAGUAGAGCCUGCUUUUGUUUUUGAGCAAACACUGAUACAGGUGGCCAUUCUCGCUCUGUAUGCAGGAGGCAGUUUCACUGAAAAGGUGGAGCUUGUUAUCAUAACCGCUGUUAGAAAGUCAAAAGUGGACUUUUGAAAACGGAAACAUGUGUUUUGAAAGGAAACCAUGAUACAAAGUGAAACAAGUAUAAUAGCUGCACACAAACGCUUAAUGUGCAUUUCAUUCAAAACUAUUCAAACACUCGGGGCAGAACAGUAUUUCACAAAGAUGGAUGAGAAGUUUUAGGAUCUAACUGGUAAAAGUGUUGCAUGCUUGGGACUUAAAUGGUAAACUAAACUUGUACCCAUAUGUUUAAAAUUAAACAUGCUGAUGAUAAUCUUAGAAAUUACAAAUUACAUUUGAAAAGAAUAUAUUCACCAUUUGUUAUACUUAUGGGGUCAACUGCUUACCCCUGAUUUAUGAAGUAUGUAUGUCUGGUCCGAGAACAGAACAUCUGUAUUGAUAUUUCAUGCUGCACAAUGGAGUUACUUAAUUGGAUUGGCAUGUUUGACAUUGAGGUAACAAGAUGAAGCCAGUGCCUUGAAUAACACAUUAUUGAAACCUGAUACCUAGAACCUUUAAUUAGCACUGAGUUUUGUCACGAGAUUCACCUGAGAAGAAACUGCCUAAUCGUGCUGUUGGUCAUAACUGGAAGGGUUUUUUGUCACACUUUGAAACUAUUCAUGUAUUUAAGGCCUGCAUGAGUAUACAGAGAACUGGCUUUUCCUGAUUUGAACUGGAAAUUUGUGUUAUAGUGUUAUCUGUCAUGUACCAUAAAUCAUUUUGUGUCAGAGGAAAAAUGUGGUUAGCCUUUGGAUAGACUGGUCAACAUUAUAUUGGUUUCAUAUUUUUAGUAAAAUAUAAUGUGCUUUUUGGCAUUUCAUCAACGUUUUCCCUCUCUCUUAUCCUGUAAGUUUCAGGUGUUCAGGCUCUAUUAAGCUUUUUUUUUCUCUGACAGUAACUAAAACCAUGGUUGCCAAAGUUAGUGGCUUAUCAUUUGUAUGACUGUGGGAUUUGACAUGCUGUUGUGUGACUUGAAGUAAAUCAAUAUUAAGAAUGAAUGCUGUCUGAUUCUG